AUUAUCAAUCAACUCCGCGAUUUAUAAUAAUAAUAAUAAUAACAAAAUAAAAAAUAUCAGUGGACAGACGUCGCGGGCACAGAGGAACAGAGCGUAAUCUCAGAAAAAUAAUCUCCUUUAAUGCGUUUUCGUGUGACCUAAAUUAUAAUUUUUCCAAACGCUUCCCGUACAUUAUCAUUUCGUCCGGCCGUGUCGACAUCGCCGAAAAAUGGACGUGGACAACGACCCGCUGGACCAGAACCUCUUGCGCCAGUUCAACUGUCUGUGCACGACGGACAAGGAGAAUCUGGUCAAGGGUCUGCGAGAGCUGAUCGGCGACCAGCUAACGGAGUCCGCCGCGGUGUUCUUCCUGGAGAUGAACGACUGGAACAUGCACAGGGCUGUCGGUACAUAUUUUGAUGUUAACAAUGAAGGUGCAAUACCGUCCAUGUCUUUGGUGAGAGACGAAAACAGUGAAAAUGUCUUGCAGUUGCCACCAAAUUUACGGUUUACCAAAUCUUGGGAAGUCAAGAACAAUGGUCGCAUGAAGUGGCCACCUGGUUGUACUCUUCAGUUUAACGGAGGAGACUCCAUUUCUGUUUACACUUCGUUGCCGACAACAACGCUUGAACCUGGGUGUACCAUGACACUGAGCACUGAUUUUAUAACACCUUCUAAACCAGGAUCGUACCAGUCUAAAUGGCGUAUGAUGUUGCCAACGGGAACAUAUUUUGGAGAUACAAUUUGGACUUUAGUCCAGGUAGAAGACAAUGAUUCAUUUCAAAAUGAACUAUCGAGACAGUUGGUUGAAAGCAUUAAUUUGGGUUCUCCAAUGCAAAGCCAACCAAACAUUUUAAAUCCUUUUUCUUCAUCACAGCAAAACCAACCGGAAAAUCAAGACACUGAUCAGUCUCAAACGAAUAUGGAAAGUGAUGUAUUGUGAUUAUAAAUUUGGUGAUAUGAGACUCAACUUGUUACAUUAUUGAACAUUGGAUAUAAUAAUUUUUAAUUUUGUUACAAACAUUAUUUUAAUAAUAAAUAGUUUUAAAUAAACCUUUAAUUACGUAGAUGUAAUUUAAAGGUUGAAAUAAAAUUAUGAUUUCAACAUAAAGUUAGUAAUUAAGAACUCUUUUUAA